CAUGCGAUCGACCCAAUGGUCAAGACAUCUCUUCAAGUACCCAUUCAAAUUCAAACCCGCCACCCAACAACCCCAACCUGUUGCUUCCUUCUCUUCCCUCUUAAAUCUCUGCAACAAAACCGAAUUCCUCCAACAAAUCCACGCCCGAUUCAUCUUACAUGGCCUCCAACACAAUCCAACCCUCUCCUCUAAUCUCAUCACUCGCUAUGCUGAUCUCGGCCGACUUGAUCUCUCCCAGACCAUCUUUGAUUCCGAAGACGACCCAGAUGCCCUUUUGUACAAUACAAUCAUCAGAAAUCUUUCAAUCCACGGGAAAUCCGAGAGAAUCCUUUUGGUUUAUCAUCAAAUGGUCACUAAGUCCAUGUACCCAGAUGAAUUUACCUACCCUUUUGUUCUGAAAUCGUGUGGUGAUCUUUUGGGUAUUGAAACUGGUGUAAAAAUCCAUACUCAUUUGAUUAAAUUGGGUUAUGAAUCAGAUGUUCAUGUGGGAACAGCUCUUGUUGAUAUGUAUGCAAAGUGUAAUGAAAUCCUUGACGCACGGCGUGCGGUCGAGGGAAUGCCUGUGAGAGAUUGGGAUUAUUGGAAUGCAUUGAUUUUCAGCUUUUAUCAGAAUGGAGACCCUGUGGGGUGUUUUAGGCUGUUUAGGAGAAUGAGAUUGGAAGGAGUCAAGCCCGAUGUGGUUGAUAUAGUUUAUCUUUUGCGAUUGGCAGCUGAUUUGGAAUGCUUGGAAGCAGGAAGAUGCAUUCAUGUUUUGAUUAUUUUGAAUGGCUUUGGAAGCAAUUUAUCUGUGAAUACUUCUCUUUUGACGAUGUAUUCCAAGUUGGGUAGUUUGGACACAGCAACAUUAGUGUUUGAAAAGAUGCCCGAGAGGGAUUGUGUGGUGUGGAAUAUCAUGAUUGCAGCAUAUUCCCGAAAUGGGUAUUCAGAGAAAGCAUUAGAACUGUUGAUUUUGAUGCAGAAAUCAGGUGCUAGAACUGAUCUAUUUACUGCAAUUGCUGCUAUUACUUCAACUGCUGAAUUGAAAUCUAUUGAUCGAGGUAAACAGAUUCAUGCUCACGUGAUUAGAAAUGGGUCCGACUAUCAAGUUUCAGUUUGCAAUUCGCUCAUCGAAAUGUACUCCAAGUGUGGGAAUUUGAAUUUAGCACGAAAGAUUUUUGAUUCAUUGGCAGACAAAACUGUGGUUUCGUGGAGUUCAAUGAUAAAAGGAUAUGUGAGCCGUGAUUGUUCUUCUGAUGCUUUGUCUCUCUUUAGGCAAAUGAGAAUGGAUGGCAUAAGGUUCGAUUCCAUAACGGUGAUUAAUAUCCUUCCGGCUUGUGUAAAUAUAGGAGCAUUGGAACAAGUCAAAAACAUUCAUGGGUAUUCAAUCAAACAUGGUUUAAGCACAAUAGUAACCACAGUUACAGCUAUUCUCGUCAGCUAUGCGAAAUGCGGGUGUAUAGAGAUGGCACAAAAGAUGUUUGAUGAAGAAGAAAUCGAUGACAAAGAUAUAAUUUCAUGGAAUUCAAUGAUCAGUGCAUAUGCUAAGCAUGGAGAUUGGGCCCGAUGCUUCGAACUGUACAACCGAAUGCAGGAUUCGAAAGUGAGACCAGAUCAAAUAACUUUUGUUGGACUAUUGACAGCCUGUGUUAAUUCAGGCUUGGUUAAAGAGGCGUGGGAGUGUUUCAAUCAGAUGAGUGCACUGUAUGGUUGCCGGCCCACCCAAGAACACUAUGCUUGCAUGGUGGACCUUCUUGGCCGCUUGGGUUAUCUUGGCGAAGCCAUCAGCCUUAUAAAAACAAUGCCGUUCGAACCAGACGCACGUGUCUGGGGCCCAUUAUUGAGUGCUUGUAAGAUGCAUUCAGAGAUUGGGCUGGCGGAAUUUGCGGCCAAGAAGCUUAUAGAGAUGGAGCCAAAAAAUGCCGGGAACUAUGUGUUGCUUUCGAACAUAUAUGCUGCCGCAGGCAAAUGGGAUGAUGCUGCUAAGAUGAGGGGCUUUAUUAGAGACAGGGGUUUGAAGAAGACCCCUGGCUGUAGCUGGCUAGAGAUAAACGGGCGGGUACAUGAAUUCCGUGUCGCGGAUCACUCCCAUCCUAGGUCGGAAGACAUAUAUACCAUUUUAAAGAAUCUGGAGUUGGAGAUUAAGGAUGAUGCUGACAUGGGCUCAAAACUGUUAUCUUGAGGUCAGAUUCAUGCCCUUUAGGUUUUUGUGUGUGUGUGUGUGUGUGUGUGAAUCAUCUACUUAGUGUGGUGAUCUCACUUCGAGCAGGUUGGAUGCACUAUCGAAUUAAAUUGCAAUUAUUAGUCUCAUCAUCAUCAUUUGAGCCUUAUCCCAAUU